AUGAGCAUUGGAUCGAUACCGAGAAAGUUCUGCUUUCUAUGGGCCAUCUUCAUUGUUCCCCGAGACUGUGCCAACGGUUGGCUGUUACCGAUUGUACCACAGAGACAUCAUUCUACUAGAGUGACUCGUCGUCCAUUUCUUCUCCCCACUUUAUCGGCAACCAAUCUUUCCAUCACUGGUGCAUCCAGAGAAUACAGUCAAUCGGAAAAGCAGUAUUAUGAUGCCGAUCAGGAUGAAAUAUUGGUGGCCAACAAUGAGACAUUGCCAAUGGGAUCACGAGAAGGAUUUGCCGUCGUCCAUCACUUUGCUUUUGAUCCCACACAAGCAGAAUGGGAUGCACUAAUAGUGACGCCACAACAACAAGAACAACCAGAAGGAUCUGCAGCAUUGCCAGCCAAGCAUAUCACUCGACUGAACUUGACACCCGACAAUGUCACUCUGCCUGUAGCACUCAUGAUGAUGGAUCCAAUCAAGUUCCCAACCAUUUCCAGAGCGCGCAAAUUUUGUCGCCAUGGACGCAUACUUUUGCACAGAGGACCCUUGGAGGAAACUACGGAUGAUGACAGUAGUCAGCCACCUGUUUUCCUUCCGGAUCGUGUGUCCAUGGGCAAGGUGGGAGAUCGUGUUCUGCGAGGAGAUGUCAUUGGACGACAAGUGGCCGUUGGAUCUGGCUACUUUUCGGCAAAGCAGCAAAAGAAGGCUCCUCCCUUUGAUCUACCUGUUGUCUUUGAAGACGACCACGUAGCACUGGUCAAUAAACCUGCAGGUGUUGUGGUGUAUUCACCCAAGAAUGCAGGACAAGGGCUCUUGACCGUGAAAUCAGCCUUGCCACACGCCCUGCAACCACCCAGACAGGGGACCUUGUCCGCACUGAAACGACCCAAGUCGGUCCAUCGACUCGACAAACCCACAUCGGGGAUACUCGUGGUGGGGAAAACAUUACCCGCCAUGGAUCAUUUGUCUCGACAAUUUCGCGAUAGAUUACUACAAAAGACCUACACGGCCAUUGUCAAUGGAGUUCCCCAACUCAAUAAUGAUCAUGCCACUCCAGACGAACAACAAUCAUCCAUUAGUACUGACAAGAACCCGUGGCAAUGGAUUGAUUAUCCCUUAGAGGGCAAGCAGGCAGUCACUGCCUGGAGGAUUGUGAGGCAAGUCCCAUCGAUACGAGCGAGAGACAAUGUCUUGACAAUGGUAGAAGUCAUGCCCAAAACGGGCCGGUAUCAUCAAAUACGAAGGCAUAUGGCGUGGGUUUGUGAACGUCCCUUGGUGGGAGACAAGGAAUAUGAUGGAAAUCAUCCGGAUGCCGUCAAGUUGCGCGGGCGGGGGCUAUUCUUGUGCUCGAAUCAAAUAACGAUCGAACAUCCCUUUUACAACACCCGAGCAGGACGGCAAGUCUGGGAGUCUCUUGCCGACACAGACAAACCAAGCGAACUCUGGGUUCGACCAGAGGAUGACAUGGUCAUGUUGACAGCCUCCAUUACUCUGCCCCAAAAGUUCCACAGUCUGAUGGAUCGAUCAGAAGCUGUGUACAACAAGUAUGCUGCCAGCAUGGGUCUACCUGUAGCACUAGAGGAGAAGCUAUAA